UUUAGGUGGAUCCUGAUAUGCCAAAACGGCAUUUUGGAACCAAUAAAAAGAGCCAUUUAACUUGGAAGCCUAUCACAAACAUACUGAAGAUGGGCGUAGUAAUCCUUGUUUCAAGCUUUUUGUGUGUGUUUCUUCUCCCAGGCCUCAUCAAGAUCGUUUACAAGCUAUGGUGGACUCCGACUCGCAUACAGAAGCGGAUGGCUUCUCAGGGAAUCAGAGGCCCUUCUUACAGACUCAUCUAUGGGAACACCAAGGAAAUCUCCAGCAUGCACAAGGAAGCCAUGAGCAGGCCAUUGGGUUUAUCCCAUGACAUACUUUCUUAUGUUCAACCUCAUAUUCACUCAUGGACCAAUCUAUAUGGGAAGACUUACCUUCAGUGGCAUGGUUCGCGAGCUCAGUUGGUUAUUCAAGAACCUGAGUUGUGCAAAGAGAUACUGAACAACAAAGACGGGGCUUAUCCGAAAAUAGGGUCUGAAGACUUUGUGAAGAAGCUAUUAGGCGAUGGCCUUGUUACUAUAGUAGAAUCUGAAAAAUGGGCAAAGUUGCGAAGGAUUGCCACCCAUGCCUUCCAUGGGGAGAGCUUAAAAACUAUGAUUCCAGAUAUGAUAGCUAGUGCUGAGACAAUGGUAGAAAGGUGGAAAAAUCACGAAGGAAAAGAGAUUGAGGUGUUUGAGGAAUUUAGGUUGUUCACUUCAGAAGUGAUUGCUAAGACAGCCUUUGGAAGUAGCUAUGUAGAAGGAGAGCUCAUUUUUCAGAUGUUGAUGAAGUUGGCCUUCUUAUUAUUCAAAAAUGCGCUCACAGUCAAGGUUCCUGGCAUAAGCAAGAUAUCUAAAAGCUGUGAUGAGAUAGAAUCAGAGAGACUCGAGAAAGGAAUUCGUGACUCCAUAACAGAAAUUGUUAAGAACAGAGAAAAGAAGCCAAUGAGCGAUAAAGAAGACAACUUUGGGAGUGAUUUUCUUGGAUUACUUUUGAAGGCUCAUCAUGAUGCCAAUCAAAGCCAGAGAAUUACGGUGGAUGAUUUAGUUGACGAUUGCAAGACAUUUUACUUUGCAGGACAAGAAACCACUAAUACUCUACUUUGUUGGACAGUGUUACUCCUAGCACUUCAUAUAGAUUGGCAAGAGGAAGCAAGGAAGGAGGUCCUACAAUUAUUUGGAAAACAGAAUCCAAAUCCUGAUGGCAUUUCCAAACUAAAAACGAUGAAUAUGAUCAUCAAUGAGACUCUAAGGUUGUAUCCUCCUGUUGUUGGCCUUGUAAGGAAAGCUGGAAGAGAAGUUACAUUGGGAAAGGUCAUUAUUCCUGCUGAUCUUGAACUGUUUGUCUCAGUUCUAGCACUUCACCAUGAACCUCAAAUCUGGGGACCAGAUGUGCAUCUUUUCAAACCAGAGAGAUUUUCAGAAGGGGUUGCUAAAGCUACUAAAAAUAAUAUAGGUGCCUUCAUGCCCUUUGGCUUGGGACCUCGAACUUGUGUGGGCUUGAACUUUGCAACCACUGAAGCUAAGAUUGCAAUGUCAAUGAUUCUACAACGCUACUCAUUCUCCCUUUCACCGGCUUAUGUCCACUCGCCCUUUCAGUUUGUUACAGUUCGCCCACAACAUGGAGUCCAAGUUAUACUGCAGCCAAUAUGAACCGCGGAGUUCAGAGAUGAGAAAUUUUUCUGUAACAAUUCAUCAAAAGACAGAGAAAAAAGAACAUCACACAGAAUCUUGUUGAAGGAUAUUGACAUUUGUGUGCCUUAUAAAACUAGGAUUAGUUCUAUGAUUGUAAUAGGAGAGAAGGUUCUAGAAUUCCUAGUCCUAUUCGGAAUAGUUUUUCUUGUAUCAUUAGAAUAU